UGGCGACUCCAGCGAGCCGGGCCGCUGCGUGGCAAGUUGCUUUGGGCCGCUUCGAGGUGGAUAUCAUCACCUUCAACAUUUCCCUGAGCGCAAUGUCCAGAGUUAGUAAAUGGAUCCAAGCCUUGACGAUGUUGAGACUCUUCAACCAGACCCUGCAGUUUAACGUCAUCACCCUGAGCUCAGUGGUGACCAGCUGCGCCCGAGUAAUCGCUUGGCUUAGCUCCUUGAAUUUGCUGGAAAGGACUCGUAUCAUGAGCCAACCGAUCAAUGAGAUUCUGAUGAACUCUGUGAUGGCAUCCAUGGGAAUGGGAGAAAAGUCCUGGAGACACGCCGUUUCUGUCUUUGCGUCCGCCUCAGAGUUGUGUCAGGUGGAUGUGAUCUCCUACAACACCACCAUGCGCUCCACCAACUGGUGGAAGUCGCUUUCCUUCAUGCUCAAAAUGACUGCAAGGGGCAUAUGUGACAACGUGGUCAGUCUCAACACACUGGUGUCGUGCCUGCCGUGGUAUCGUGCUUUGAAAUUUCUCAGACAUGCAGAGGCGCAUGAUGCCGCAGUGCAAGCAGAUGCAGUAAGCUACAACAGUUGUAUUAACAGUUGCCCAAGGUGGCUGCAAGUGCUGGAACUUGGUCGCAGUUUGCUGCUUCGAAGAUUGGAUGCGACAAUGGUUACUUCCACUUCCACCAUGACUGCCCUGGAAAAGGCUGGGAUGUGGCAGCAGCUUGUUUCGAGGAUUGAACGCGCAUGGGAUGAUCUAGAGCGAAGUGAGGCCACGGCUGUGUUGAAUGCUGGAAUCAAUGGCCUUGGGCAAAAUGGUGAGUGGCUGAAAUCCUUUUCGAUUCUACAGAAGUUUGCGGUAUCAGGUGUGUUAACCGAUGUCAUCACGUGGGGAUCACUCAUUGUCGUUUGUGAAAUCAUGGAGAGGUGGCAGAGAGCUUUGAGUUUGUGCUCUGAACUGCAGACCUAUCAUUCCAUGGAAGUGGUGGAAAACAGUGUCAUUUUCAACGCAGCAGCUUGUGCUUUUGCAGAGGGAGAACUUUGGCAACAAGCUCUUGAACUACUACAUGAUGCAAGUCUGUCCCAGAUGCAGGUGAACAUUUUGGUGUACAACUCGAUCCUCUUUGCUUGUUCCAAGGCUGCCAGGUGGCAAGAAUCACUUGAGGUCUUAGGAAGCCUCAAUCGUCCCAACGAACCGACACCAAGUAUUAAGACCUACAACACAGUUCUGGCCGCCUGCAGAUGCCACUGGAGGCAGGCCUUGCAUCUCUUCUCACAGCUUCCUGACGGGCUGGAGGCGGAUGCCAUCACCUUCGAGAUGCUGGUUGCAGCAACAACAGGUCGUUGCUUGCAGCAGGCGUCCUUAUUGCUGAGCUUUGCAGAAAGCAACGUUCAAAGUCUGUUGAAAUCUGGCUGAAGUUCAAGAUGUGUCCAGAGCAGACUUUGCAGUUGGCAGAGUUAAAAUGUCCUCCAUCGAGAGUAUCCGACCUUUUAACGCACGGCCUUGAGAGCAAGCAAUAUUUGGACAUUGACGACUCGCCAGAGAUUCACCUGGCAGCUGGAGUUGUGUGACCGAUCCGAUGCGCUGAUUUUCUGCAUGCUCGGAGUGAUCCUGGGAGAAUGGUAUUCAUGUGCCUGGUUUCAUGACCCUUCCAGGAUCACAGCUCAGAUUCACAGGCGAAGGUGGCCACACUAAGAAGAUACGAGCGAAUGUAGACCCCAGGCAUCGCCUGACAAAUCCAUGAAUACCAAUUAGCGCGAAAAA